CAGAGAACGCAGAGAGUGAGAAAGCUCCGCACGUGAAGUGCGCGAGACCUUCAGGGAGAAGGGAGUUAACGUUCAUUUUGGAGGAGCGCAGCGGCCGUUUUUUAUUAUUAUUUAUUAUUUUUCCCCACAACAACGGAGAAACAAGGUCUCCGGACAAAAAGACUGGCCAGAUGAAUCCCAUGACGCAGUUGUACUACAAAAAGGCGACAUAUUCGCCGUACCGCGACCGCAUCCCACUUCAGAUUGUCCGUGCUGAGGUGGAGCUGUCUGCUGAGGAGCGGGCCUACCUCACAGCUGUAGAGAAAGGUGACUAUGCGGGAGUGAAACAUGCCCUUCGCGAAGCAGAGGUGUACUACAACAUGGAUGUGAACUGUCUGGACCCGCUGGGCCGCAGUGCUCUCCUCAUCGCCAUCGAGAACGAGAACCUGGAGAUCAUGGAGCUCCUGCUCGACCACGGCAUCCACACGGGCGACGCCCUGCUGUACGCCAUCAGGAAGGAGGUGGUGGGUGCCGUGGAACUGCUGCUGUCACACAAAAGGCCCAGCGGAGAGAAACAGGUUCCUUCUCUGAUGAUGGACAGCCAGUUUUCAGAGUUCACCCCCGAUAUAACUCCCAUCAUGCUUGCUGCUCAUACAAACAACUAUGAGAUUAUCAAGCUGCUUGUCCAGCGGAAGGUCACCAUACCCAGACCACAUCAGAUACGAUGCGACUGUGUUGAGUGUGUAUCCAGCUCAGAGGUCGACAGCCUUCGACAUUCACGGUCUAGACUCAACAUCUACAAGGCUUUGGCCUCGCCAUCUCUCAUUGCGUUGUCCAGUGAAGAUCCCAUCCUCACUGCCUUCAGACUGGGCUGGGAACUCAAAGAACUCAGCAAGGUGGAGAAUGAGUUUCGUCAGGAGUAUGAGGAACUGUCUCAGCAGUGCAAGCGUUUCGCCAAGGACCUCCUGGAUCAGGCCAGGAGUUCUAGAGAACUUGAGACCAUCCUGAACCACAGAGACAACGACCAGAGUGAGGAACUAGACCCUAGACAGUGCCAUGAUCUGGCCAAGCUCAAACUCGCCAUCAAGUACCACCAAAAAGAGUUUGUGGCACAGCCAAACUGCCAGCAGCUGCUGGCCACACUGUGGUAUGAUGGCUUCCCGGGUUGGAGGAGACGACACUGGGUGGUUAAACUGGUCACCUGCUUUAUCAUCGGACUCUUGUUCCCGGUCUUCUCAUUGAUCUACCUGUUGGCUCCAAAGAGUGCUCUGGGAAGUUUUAUCAAGAAGCCUUUCAUCAAGUUCAUCUGUCACACGGCAUCCUACCUGACCUUUCUCUUCCUACUGCUGCUGGCCUCGCAGCACAUCGCCCGCACCAACCUGCACAUGCAGGGACCCCCACCCACCAUUGUGGAGUGGAUGAUUCUGCCGUGGGUGCUGGGCUUCAUCUGGGCAGAGAUUAAGGAGAUGUGGGACGGGGGAUUCACAGAGUACAUCCAUGACUGGUGGAAUCUGAUGGACUUCGCCAUGAACUCCCUCUAUCUGGCCACCAUAUCUCUGAAGAUAGUGGCCUAUGUGAAGUAUAACUCCUCUCGGCCUAGGGAGGAGUGGGAGAUGUGGCACCCGACGCUGAUAGCCGAGGCUCUGUUUGCCAUUGCCAACAUCUUCAGCUCUCUCAGACUCAUCUCCCUCUUCACCGCCAACUCCCACCUCGGGCCACUGCAGAUCUCCUUAGGAAGGAUGCUUCUGGACAUCCUCAAGUUUCUCUUCAUUUACUGUCUGGUCCUGUUAGCAUUUGCUAAUGGUUUGAACCAGCUGUAUUUCUACUAUGAAACAAAGGCAUCAGAGGAACCCAACAACUGCAAGGGCAUCCGCUGUGAGAGGCAGAACAACGCCUUCUCAACGUUAUUUGAGACUCUCCAGUCUCUCUUCUGGUCCAUAUUUGGGCUGUUAAAUCUGUACGUCACCAACGUGAAGGCUCGCCACGAGUUUACGGAGUUUGUCGGGGCAACCAUGUUCGGGACGUACAACGUUAUCUCACUGGUGGUUCUGCUCAACAUGCUGAUCGCCAUGAUGAACAACUCCUACCAACUCAUUGCUGACCAUGCUGACAUUGAGUGGAAGUUUGCACGCACCAAGCUGUGGAUGAGUUACUUUGACGAGGGCGGCACGCUGCCGCCUCCGUUCAACAUCAUUCCAAGCCCCAAGUCCUUCUGGUACCUGCUCAUGUGGCUCCACAACAAGCUGUGCAGGACAGGGCAGCCGCCCGGGGAGGAGACGCACAAAUGUGAAAACCUGCGGGAGUUCACGGAGCGUCAUGCCGACAGUCUGAGGCAGAAUCAGCACUACCAGGAAGUGAUCCGGAACCUGGUGAAGAGGUACGUGGCAGCAAUGAUACGCAGUGCCAAGACAGACGAGGGACUGACAGAGGAAAACUUUAAGGAGCUGAAGCAAGACAUCUCCAGUUUCCGCUACGAGGUCCUAGAUCUCCUUGGGAACCGGCGUCCUCCUCGGCGUAACUACUCCUCCUCCAGUGAGACAACGAAAGAUGACGGUGCCAUGGCUUCUGAGGACGACAGCGAGUCAGGUGAAGGCACCGGAGGAGGCUUGGGAGUUCAGAGAUCAAAGAGCGUGACCUUCAUGACUCCAGCAGAGGACGACACAAAGCCGACACCAACGCUCGGCGUGUCUGCACUGGUGCGUUCUAUUUCUGGAAUGACCCAGGUAGAAAGGGGGGUAGGUGGGGAGGAGCUGGAGGAAGGUAUUGAAUGGGGGACAGAGGAGGAGGAAGAGGAGGGAAAACCAAAGAGCAAUGGGCUGAAGACGACCGUCAUCUCUCCAUCCUCCACCUCUGUUGUCCCGUCGUCAUCUUCAUCAUUCUCUUCAGCGCUCUCAUCAUCACUCGCUCGUACAAGGAGCCGUCUGCAGCGCCUAUCAGGUCCGAGUGCAAAGACGGACUCUUUCAAACGCCUCUCUUACCUGUUCUCCCGCUCCAAACGCAAAGCCCCACCCAUGCCUGUCCCUGUUCAGUCCCCAGUCUCCUACACCAUCUCUGACGGGUUGCUCCGCCCCUUGGGGAGCCACAGCCACUCCGACUUCGGACUCAGCAACGUGACCAGAAGCGAGACUCACCUGAACGAGAUGGGCCGUUCUGUUGACAUCAGUAACCCGUCGUUCUCUCCUCGGAGAACGAAUGGGCGAGACUCGCUUUUGACACUGCCCCUCCCGCCCCCCUGCCCCUGCCAAUCCCUGCACUGUGCUUCCAACAUGUCUGAGUCCAGCUCACGCCUCCUGGACUCCAGUGAGGACGUUUUCCAGGGUGGAGGCAUGGGAGGAUCGGGUGAUGGCAGCGUGGAUGGAGGAGGGGGAGGAGGAGGGGUGAUGAUGAUGGGCGGUUGGGUGGGACCUUGCGAUGAUGUCAUCGAGGACAGCUGCGAGGUCAUAGAGGACUCUGUCACUACACAGCUAUAGGAGAAAGGGACUACCAAACUGUUUUUGUUUGUUUGCAAAAUGGCUGAAUAUAUACAGAGGUGGAGAGAGACAGAGAGAGAGGGCGGAGAAUUUGGUGGAAUCCGUUCUAGAACUUACCUGGAUGGAUUUGGGAUUCUGGAAUUCUAGAAUGCAGCACACCCGAGAAUGGAGCAGGUUCUAAGGAUUGACUUGAUCGUCAUGGUAACACCACAGAGGGCAUCCUAAAGUGGCAGAUGUUCAUGGAGACAGUUUGUCUGGUAUAUUUCAGGGUUUAAACAGACACUUUCACUAUUAUGUGAACUUUAUUGUUGGAAGAUUCUGGAGAUAAAUUGCUAGAACUCAGUUAAAAGUCCAUAAAUGUCUAUUUGGAAAACUUAUUCCAGACAAUCAAAGUAUCUCAAGUUUGACGUUGUCUGGGAUUUUUCAGGGUUCACACACACACCUUUCGCUAUCGCAUGAACCUCAUUGCUUAAAAGUUUUGGAGUUAAGUCGCUAUUAAUUGAGCUAACUUACCUUACUUGCGAGAACUCAAUAAAACCUGUUUGGAGAACAUUCCAGUAUUUUGAAGUAUCACCAGUUUGACAUUGUCUGGGAUUUUUUAAGAUGGAAAGUUCACCAUUGAGUGAAUUUCCAAGAGAGCCUAGCUAGCUAGCUAAACACAGAUAAAUGUCAUUUAUCAUCAAGUUUUCUUCAGUGUCACAGAAAUCCAUGUCCGUUCAUCCAUGGAUACAUAAGAAACAUUCAUUGCUAGAAUCCAAUUCAGCAGAUGUUUAACUGCCAAAAUAUAAACUAUGUAAG